AUGACUGAGCCAGAGGAUCUUGAGGAAGAUCUCUUUGCUGAUCUUUACGAUGCAGAUGACAACUCCCAGCACGCUGCUCCUCAAGCUGCUCCUCCUAGUUUCCCUGAACCCCAACCGCCCACCCAAAACGAAACGAACGCGCCUGCCGUACCUCCUCCCCAGCAACCAACUAGCGACAACAACCCGAGCCAUCAUACAGAACCUCAGUCGGAGCAGCAGCAUUCCGUAAAUGGAGACCAACGGAAUAGCGCCAACGAGCCGAUACCAAUGACUCAGGAGAGUGAUCAUAUUCCAGCCCAUGUAGAGCCAGGAAGUCAUGGGAGUCAUGGAACCGGUAUUAAAGAAGAUGGUGUUCUCGGAAAACCAGACAAUAAUCAGAACAAGGGUAUCGGAUUAUCAGCCAGCACGCUGGCAGAUCUGACUUCAGCUUUGCAUGAAUGCAUAUCCGACGAUGCUCUUGACAAAAUGUUUAUCGGAGGGCUGAAUUGGGAAACAACUGAUCAAUCACUCAAAGACUACUUUUCCCAAUUCGGGGAAGUCCAAGAAUGCACAGUAAUGCGUGACGGCGCCACCGGGCGUUCAAGAGGAUUCGGCUUCCUUACUUUCAAAGACCCCAAGACUGUGAACACGGUGAUGGUGAAAGAACAUUAUCUCGAUGGCAAAAUUAUCGACCCGAAGCGCGCCAUUCCUAGAGAUGAACAGGAGAGGACAAGUAAAAUAUUUGUCGGUGGAGUUAGCCAAGAGGCAACCGAACAAGACUUUAAACAGUUUUUUAUGCAGUUUGGUCGCGUUGUGGAUGCUACCCUCAUGAUCGAUAAGGAUAGUGGUAGGCCUAGAGGGUUUGGGUUCGUAACCUUUGACAGCGAGGCAGCCGUCGAAGCGACCCUCUCAGGACCGCUAGAAAUCCUCGGGAAACCGAUAGAAGUCAAGAAAGCACAACCUCGCGGGAACAUGAGGGAGGAGGACGAUCGAAGCAGGGGUUCGCGCCGCGGUAUGAGAGAUCAGCAGGAACGUUUCGGCAGGGACAAUGAUCGCUCUACCGGGCAGGAGAAUUCGCAGCAGCAAAGCACACAAAGUCAAGGAGGCUUGACGAGUGGAAUGAGCCCGCAGAUGAUGGCACAAUACUGGCAGCGUAUGCAGCAAUAUUUCGCGCUAAUGCAACAACAAAUGGCUGCCGCCGCAGCUCAAGGCCAACCUGCUGAAUUCCACCACAUUGGAGCAUGGCAGGUAUGA